UGUAUUUCUCUUGAAUCCCUCAGUCAACAUAAAAGCAGCGUCUCCAUCACUGCCUGUCUGUCUACUCCCUGUUGUCCCCCAGCAGAGACUCCAGAUGUCUACAUCGUGGAGCGUCUGUUCUCCAGCAGUCUGGUAGUCGUAGUGAGCACCGCCAUGCCGCAGCGCAUGAACAUCUACCACUUCAAGAAGGGGACGGAGAUCUGCAACUACAGCUAUCCCAACAACAUCCUGGCUGUCAAGCUCAACAGACAGAGGCUGGUGGUGUGCCUUGACGAGUCCAUUUAUAUCCACAACAUCAAAGACAUGAAGCUGCUCAAGACUCUGCUCAACACUCCGUCCAACCCCUCAGGUCUCUGUGCUCUUUCUAUCAACCAUUCCAACUCCUACCUGGCGUACCCUGGCAGUGCCACCAUUGGGGAGAUUGUAGUGUAUGACGCCAACAAUUUGAACACAGUGACCAUGAUCCCGGCUCAUGACAGUCCUCUGGCAGCUCUCACCUUCAACACCUCAGCCACCAAACUUGCCAGCGCCUCAGAGAGGGGCACCGUUAUUCGAGUGUUCUCCAUACCUGAGGGGCUGCGUCUGUUUGAGUUCCGCCGGGGCAUGAAGAGGUAUGUCAAUAUAAGCUCUUUAUCCUUCAGCCCAGAUGGCCAGUUCCUCUGUGCGUCCAGCAACACAGAGACGGUGCAUAUCUUUAAACUAGAGCAGCUGGGACCAAGUGGAGGAGACGAGUCUGCCACUUGGACAGCCUACGUGGGGAAGAUGUUCUCAGCAGCCAGCAGCUACCUCCCUGCUCAGGUAUCCGGCAUGAUGAGCCAGGACCGGGCCUUUGCCACCGUCCACCUGGUGACAUCGGGCCAGAGGAACAUCUGCACCCUAGCUAUGAUCCAGAAGCUUCCGCGGCUACUGGUGGCCACAGCUGACGGCCAGCUGUUCAUCUACAAUGUGGAUCCACUGGAUGGAGGCGAGUGCACGUUAGCCCACAAACACAGGCUCUUUGGUGUUGAUGAUGACCAGGGGGAAGUUAUGGAGACAGAAGGGUCAGAGAUCCCAGGACCAGCACAGACUUGUCCAUCCUACGCUGCGACCGCUGCUUUACCAGCCUCUGGUCCCGUCACUGCAACCCUCACUGGAUACUCUGAAGAUGGCGGCGCAAAGAAAGGCGUAGUCAUUCCAGAACACGAGUUCGCUGCUGGACCUGUGUGUCUCGACGACGAGAACGAGUUUCCUCCUAUUAAUUGGUGCCGAGACGGAACUGGAGGUGGCCGGGCCAGGCGCUCGUGAGGGGUAGAAGGACAGAUGGACAGACAGACAGACAGACAGACAGACAGGCGCUGUGGGAUGAUCCGCAAAAAAAAGUCUUUCAGGGUGCCAAGUUAUUUUUUCCGUUGGAGAGAAAAUUGCAUUAACAUUCAAGUUGACCAAGAAGUAGAUGUCAUGAGGAAUUUGGUCCUCAUGUUACAUAAUGAUUGUGUGAAAGAUACAACUCUGAUUUUGUCAAAGCAGCAAUAGUACCUCUAAACUUCCCUCCAGCUUACUGUCGACUUACAAAACAUCCCCAGUGAACUGAGAGCACAUUUCUCAACCUGUAGAUGCUGUUGGUAACUUACAAAAAUCAGGGAGUUUGUCUUUCAGGAGUGCUGAAAGUAUGAGGUGCAUGCUGGAGCAGAAAUAUAACCACAAUUUUCAUAGAAUUUUUACUUGACAAAUAUUUUAGUUAGUUGCAUUGUUGUAGCAACAUUUUUUCAUUAAUAAUAUUUUAGUUCACAUCCAUGAUAAAUAAUUGAAUUGUCAUUUUUAUUCUGUAUUGUAAUGACAUGUAAUAGAUGUUUGUAUGUAUGCCUCCUGGAUACACUUCAGAUGGUGCGUUUGUACUGUAUGUUUGUUUGUGCCUAUUAUCAUUUGUAAAAGAGCAAAGUAUUUUGCUAAUUGCACAAGACCAAAACAAGUGAAAGAAACAAAGAAAUAAACACAGAGUGGAGUAAGAAAGAACCUAUGCAAAGCAAAGGAUUUGUCUUGUUUUAUUUUUAUGACAUGCAUUGUUGUAUUUUUGGCUGCACACCUCUGCCGCCGUUUAUUUCCACUCCCAAAAACAUGACAAACAAACACUCACUUCCUUCUCACCUUCAAUCCCCAACCUGACGUUGCGUCACCAUGGUUACUCUCAUUCCCUUUAAGGGCACCUGUGGAUUAUGUCCUUAAAUCCACGACAGCGUUUCCCUUUUCACAUGACAAAGGAACUCAUAGAUCAGAUGUUGGUGUUUAUGGUUUUAUAAGAGAAGUCGAUUUACAGCAACAGGUAGUGGUGUUGCAUAAGUGUGUUCAGCUGUCGGUACACGGUGAUCUAUUUAAUAAUCUGACCAUUCUAGUGAUUUACACACUUCUAUUGUUACUUUUACAGUAAUCAAACAUUCACCUUUACAGUAGUCAUGGUCAGACGACAUGAUGUACGGCGUUGUAUAGUUUGUGAGGAGCCUAAACUGUCCCCAUUUUAACAUCAAUGUUAAUCUUUCCUUUUGAGGACGCCUCCUCAAAGGUUGCGUCAUAGGAAGAAAGGAGGUCCAAGAUCAAUUCAGAUGGCUUAGACCAGUGGUUCUCAAACUGUGGGGCGCCCCCCUCUAGUGGGGCGCAG